GUAUGUGGGCUACACCCCACCAGGGAUAGGGCAUCACUGUAGAAAACAUUCUCAUUGGCAACUUGGUCAUACAGAAACAGCAAGUUCAAACAUCUGAGAAGCUUUAUUUUUUUUAAGCAGGGAAUUAUUUUCUAUCUAUUUAAAACGAAAGUCCCGGAGGUGGUAGCUGCAAUUUUUGUGGGAAGAGAAUUAUCUGUGCUAGUUAAACCAAACCAAACCAAAACAAAGGCCUUCUUCCCAGUAACUCCCUGAGAGCAGAUUUGGGGAGACAGUAAUUAGGUGAUUAGACCUGGGGGUUGCCGCACCGCCUGGAGCGCCGCGUGGCUCCGUGGCGCAGCAGCUCUCAGGGAGGAGCUGGUCUGGCAGUUGCAGAGCGCAAUCCUCCCGCCUUAGUCCUUGCGCCUCUGCGCUUUUUGUCCAGCACACUGUCCCCACGCCCGCCGGGCCGGGAGCGCCCCGGACUGGGGGCGGCACUCAGCUCCGGCGGUUCCAGGCUCAGCGCUCCCGACUCUCAGCUGUCAUCCCACGCUGUCGCACUCCAAGGUAUCACGCCUGACCGGAGGACCUGGGCACCUGAAUAAUCCGCAACUGCGCGGGAUCCGGGCCUUGCCUUCUUCUCAAAAGCCCACUUAAUACAAUUAAUUCAUACUCAUAAAAAACACGGGUUGUGGAUAGGAAGUAGAACUAAUGUAUGUAUGGCCCACCAGCCAAAACUACUUUAAGCAUUUUGAUGCAUUUUCUUUCAGUCUUUUAUAUAGAUAAAUGUGUUUUUAAAAUACGUUACUGGGAUACUGAGAUAUUUCUUCAGAAGCUAAUUUUCCACUCUACAUCGCUGUUGCGGACUUCCUCAUGUCAUAAAAUAGCGUAACAAUAUGUUUGCUGCUCAUAAAAGUCCUCCGGCAAAACUCAAGGUCCUUAUUUUCUUUAAGCAGUCCCUCGCUGCUGACACCUGGAUACUUCAGCACUUUUGGUCAGCAUGAAGUGCUCGGUCGCGCCGCCACCGCACCGGCCCAGGCAGAAGGAGUCGCAGUUCCGGAAACAAGCGCUAAAGGUCGCGCGGCACUAUCCCGGCUCUGACGUCUGUCCCCUAUGACGGAGCCAAUCGAAACGUGGGGCGGAGUCCCAGUAGCAAGCGCGCGCUAAGCGAGCUCCCGGGCAGCCGGUGCCAUGGACGCGGUCCCUCUUAGAUUCCAGGCUCAGGCUCCCGCACCACCCUCCGAGACGUGUCCGCUUGUUAUCUUUGACGAAGGGCCCUACGACUGCCUGGAUUACUACUACCUGCGCGAUUUCCCGGCCGGCGGGGCCGGGCGCAAUAAGGGUCGGACGCGACGCCAGCGGGAACUGCGCACCAACUGGCCGGUGGCCGGCGGCCACGAGCCCAAGAUCGCGCAGAAGCUCCUCAACGGCCAGCGCAAGCGUCGCCACCGCCAGCUGCAGCUCAGGGCGCGCACUCGCCUCUCCUGAGCGCCGGAUACCCGAAGGACCUGAUACAAGUAUUUUCUCUGACUCCAGCUGUAACUGUGGUCCUAAGGGGGAGAGAAUCCACGUUGGUCAACAGACUUUUGACAUCACUUAAUUUCACUGCUUCAGUAUCUUUUAUUUACUGAUUGUUAAUUAAGUAACACCUAAGUUGAUAAGCCUUUUAGGGUUAAUUAAAAGAGCAGCAGGAAUGGCAGUUUAACUCUUUUGGCUUUUCUUACUUGGUAGGGUCACUCUUUUCAAGUCCACAAGUAUUUGAGUUCUUAUGUGUAAAAAAGAGGUCACAAAGAUGGAUAGGGGGAGAAAAAAGAUGGGAAUUUGCAAGAUUUCAACCCAAGUGUCAUAGACUCCUUUUCAGGUUUAAUAUUUGUUUGCAAGAAUAGGAAUAUUUUAACUUGUAAUAGUGCAUAUUGAACAGUUGCUAGCUUCUCUGCACUAUUGAUCCCACAACAGUCCUGAGGUAGACACUACUGUCUCCAUUUUAUCAAGGGUAUUCUGAGGCACAGUGAGUUCAAAUAAUUUUCCAGAGGUCAUACAGCUAGCUAGAAGACCAGGCAUUACAGAUAUUCGAAAGUGUUCACUCUUUCCAGCAACAGUUCUCCUCAACUGUAGACAAUGUUCUCUGGUUCAUACUCACCCACCAGCUCUAUGUCCAAGGACAAACACUGAGUUAUAGUUUAAAAAUUAUGCAGAAUAUGGCAGGGUAGCUUUCCUUUCUUCAGUCUGCAUGCAUUUGGUUAGGACUCUGUGCUCAGUGGAGAGUGCUUGUUAGGAAGGCUGGUAUACUGGAAGGAGCAACUUGAAUUUUAAGCCUAAUUAUGCCUGUUGAUCUCUCUGGCAUUCAACAAAUUUCUGAGUAGUAACUACUUUCAAGUUUCACCAAGCUUAAGGUUUAUCAUUUAUAAAAUGGAAUAAUAUUGGAUUACCUUGCCAAACUAGAUUAUAGAUAAAAUAUAUAGAACAUCCGACACAAAGACCUGGCACAUAAUAGAUGCUCAAUAAAUGUAACUUUUUAUAUUUAUGAACACAAUCCCUCCUCUCCUCUCUAGUCACAAAGUCUUAAAAUUAUUUCACUCAUUAUAUUAAUUAGUUUAAAACGUUUCCAAUAUCUAGGCAAUGUUGUAUGGUACAAGUUCUGGCUUUAAAGUCAAAACAGCUGUAAUGACUUGGGCAAAUUGCUUAAAUUCUAUUUGCUUACCUAUGUAAUGGGAAUAACACAGUACCUAUUUCAAGAUUUCUUGUUAAGUGUAAAUGAAAUGCUGCCACUGUCUUAGCCUUCAAGAUUUGUUUCCUUACUGCUAGUCUUCCUCUGCUAUGUCUCAGAUACUAUGCUCAGAUUAAUCUUCCUGAGGGCCAUUUUAAUCAUAUAAAGACCCUCAGUGACUGCUUUUAACCUUGUAGACUUAAAAAGCCUAGAUUCCUUAUAGUGUACUGGAAAUCACUGAUUGGAUUUCCUUAAAUUUGUCCCACAGCUUCCAAAAGUACACUCUGGUUCUUGACACAAGUCUUCUGUCCUCUACUCACCAUUUUCAACUCUGCUUCUUCAUUUGAAUCUGGGCUGUCUACUUAGCAUGCCCUUUCUCCACUUAAGUUUCAAUCUUUUUGAAACUGAUUCCACCUAUACUUACUACUGCUUUCUCCCUGAAGCUUUCAUCCACAUUGACUGUCCAAUCCUUAGAAAUUCUAUAGAACUUCAUAUGAACACCACUAAACCACUUGUUUCUAUAGUAUUUUGUAAUUAUACUAAACAGUUAAAACUCAGUAAUUUUUUGUGUGAUAUAUGCAAGGCACUGUAUUUAUGUCUUAGUUAUUCAUAGAAAAAACUACAUAUAGAGUAUAAGGACCUUAUGUCUUAAACAUCUAAGUUCCUACACAAUUCCUACUGUAAAGCACAGCAUACCCAGACAGAUAUAAACCAUGUUAAAGCAACAGUCUUGUCAAGGUGUUCUAACUAGAUUCUGGUUUAGAUAUUAAAAAUUUCCCAACUUAAAUAUAGUAGCUUUAGAAAUUGUAUAUCAGUUAACUGUUACUGUGUAAUAAAUUACUCCAACCUAGUGACUUAAAACAACAAAUACUUAUCUCAGUUUCUGUGGGUUUAGAAUUUGGAAGUGGCUUAAUUGGGUGCUUUUAGCUCAGGGUCUUUUAUGAGGUUUUUUUUUUUUGAAAAACCUUUUAUGAAAGGAAUUAGGCUCCCCACCUUUUGAAAGGAGUGUCAAUUUGUGGACAUAUUUUAAACCACCAUGGUAUGUUUAAUUAUUUUAAGUGUGUUCAUCAUAGACAAACUGGAAAAUACGAACAAGCCAAAAGCAAAGGAAGAAAUCAUUAUCCAAUGGAUUACAUCACUACUAUUUGGGUAUAUAUAAUUGCAUUCUUUAAAAUAUAUAUGAACUUUCUCAAAAUAUAAACAUACCAAGUAUACUAUUUUGUAAACUGUUCUUUCACUUGAUAUAUUGUGAAGAUACUUUUCAUGUCAGGUAUUAUUUCAUAGCAUUUUAAAUGGCUGCACAGCAUUUCAUCAUAAUGUAUCAUAACUGCAGCUGACUCUUGAAUAACAGGUUUUUAACUAUGUGGGUCCACUUACACACAGAUUUUUCUCAAAAACAGGAAAAUUUUUUGGAGAUUUCCAACAAUUUGAAAAACAUUUUCUUUCAUCUAGCUUACUUUAUUGUAAGAAUACAGUAUAUAAUACAUGUGUUAAUUGACUUUAUGUUAUUGGUAAGGCUUCUGGUCAACAGUAGGCUAUUAAAGAUUUGGGGGAGUCAAAAGUUACAUGGGGAUUCUCAACUGCACAGGGGUUGGCACCCCUAAUCCCCAUUGUUCAAGGGUCAACUGUAAUUCAUUCUAUAUUGUAGGACACUUAGGAAAUUUACAGGUUUUCCCUAUUUUACACAGUUUGUUAAGUGAACGUCCAUAUUGCUGGUUUCUUUCACAUUCAUGGCUGUUUCUUAAAUUCCUAAACCCGGAAUUUCUGGAACAGGAUUUGCAGUUUUAAAACUUCUAGAUAUCUACCACCUAAUUUAAGUAGGAUUUUUAUUGGAGUCAUUAAGAAUCCAUCAAGCCAAAUGUCUGGGUCAAAUACCUGUAACAACGCCUGCAAGAGUUCUUAGUUCAAAUUUUGAUGACUGUAAGUGAAUUUAUUAAGAAUGACUGAAAUUAUGGAAUGAGAAGUUGUUACAUAAAUUUUACUAGAGUGAAUGUCAGCAUAUUUAACUAGCAAAUUACAAAUUAUAUAUAGCAGAAUUCUGAUAUUUUCAAUUCCCACAUUUUGUUAUGUUUUAACCCACGUUAUUAAUUUGUUUUUUGAAUAGAGAUAAUACAUUAACCAUUUCCAAAUCCAAGAUAGAAAAUGUUGUCAGUAAAAGUCCUACUACUGUGCCACAGCUACCCAGUACCUGUGUACUGGCUACAGAUACUUUGUGCAUCCACAAUAUGGUCUUUUCAUUUUACACAAAUAAUAGCCCUCUAUACUCAAUUUUUGCCCCCACCCCCUUUUUUUUCUUUUCUCUUGACAGUUUAUCUUGGAAGUCAUUUAACAUCAAAAUAUAGAGCAGCUUCUUUAUUCUUUAUUACAGCUGCAUAUUAUGUGACUGCCUUUCUUUUACCUACCAGUAUUCUAUUAAAGAAUUCAGGUUGUUUCCAAUCUCUUACUAUCACAAAAUAACCUUGUAUAAAUAUCUAGUAUUCUCUCUUCAAUUUAGGAAUUAAUGACUUAGCUAAGUAUGAUUAAAUUAUCUCUAUUCUGACUCUGGAUGCCUGUCCAUCUUGAUUAUUCAAAAUUUUAUUCACUCUAAGCUCUUCUUGCGCCAGGAUGUCCUUUAUAAGGCUCCUUUUCUCCAUCUCUGCUUAUGAAUGAUCCAAAGGCAAGUACAAAGUUUUAUCAUUUGUAAAACUUCAUUUCUUUAAGAAGUUCUGUGUAAUGAAACUCUGUUUUUGCAUUAUUUACCCUUUGGUUUCACAAACAUUCUGCUGUUGUGGAAAGAAUGCCUUAAAUUCUGCUACCUCUGGUGGAAGAGGCAAUUUUUUAAUUGAAAUCCAAGCAGAAAUAAGAGGUUCCAACUCUUUUCUCUCCUUCAUAAAUCCCAUCCCAUCCCAAGGACUUUUUCCAUGAAGCCUUCAUUGAAGUGCCACUAGUCAGCUUUCCUCUACUGCAGAGGCUUUAAAAUGUUACCGUUGAAGGGAACACAGUACAGCACGAAGAAGACAAGUAAUGACUAUAGCAUCUUACUACACUGAUGGACAGUGAUUGCAAUGGGAGAGGGGAGACUUGAUAACAUGCAUGAAUGUUGAAACCUUCAUAAGACUGCCUAUCAAUGAUUUCUUAAUUUUAAAGAAAAGGUUACCAUUAAAAGCAUUUCACAUCAAAUACUACUAAAGCACACUCUUGGGGCCUUUGCAAUUGCUGUUUCCUAGGGCUGGAAUGCUCUUAUCCUUGAUAAACACACAGCUUGUAUUCCCACUUCAUGGACUCACAGGCUGCCUCUUCAAAGACUCCUGCCCUAUCCCACCUCGAACUCCCUAUCUCCCUUACCCUGCUUUUGCUUCAUGUCACCACUACCUGGUUUAUGUACGGUUUUUGUCUCCCCUCCCUGAAUUUAAGCUCCAUAAAGGUAAAGUCUUGUUUUAUUUGGUGCUGUAUCCACAGAACCUAG